UGGACUGACUACAUUCCUUCGUCCUUAGGCACAAUUUCUUAGCACUGAACUUGAUCUUUCCCCCAAAGUACCACCAGCACUACAUUCUUUCUUUUUUCUUAAAUACGUAAUUUAUUGCUGUUAGUUUGGAAAAAAAUAUGGUUCGCGUUCCUUUGACAGCGGGAAGAAUUUCUAAGGUUCUUUUGAACAGACAGUUCUCCCACGGUUUACGUACUGUUACCACAGCCGCAACUGCAUCUAAUGCUGACCCUUCGAGUGUUCCUGAAGAGCGCAACAAGCCUUUUCCCGUCAAGCUCCACGAUGGUGUCUUUGAGGGCUACAAAAUUGACAUUCCUUCUAUGUCCAUAGAUGUUACUAGAGACGAGUUGAUGAGCAUGUAUGAAACCAUGGUUACUGUUCGUCGUCUUGAGCUUGCUUGCGAUGGCUUAUAUAAAGCCAAAAAGAUUCGCGGGUUCUGCCAUCUUAGUGUCGGCCAAGAAGCUGUUGCCGGUGGUAUGGAAAGUGCUAUAACUCACGACGAUAGCAUCAUCACUUCUUACAGAUGCCACGGAUUUGCCUAUACUCGUGGUUUGCCACCUCGCGCCAUUAUUGGUGAGUUGAUGGGACGCCAAUGCGGUGCUUCCAAGGGUAAAGGUGGUUCUAUGCACAUCUUCGCUCCCAACUUUUACGGUGGUAAUGGUAUCGUUGGCGCUCAAAUUCCUUUGGGUGCUGGUAUCGGAUUUGCUCAAAAGUACUUGAACAAGCCUAACGUUACAUUUACUCUUUACGGUGAUGGUGCCGCAAACCAAGGUCAAGCUUUCGAAGCUUUUAACAUGGCUAAACUCUGGGGCUUACCUGUUGUCUUUGCUUGUGAAAACAACAAGUACGGUAUGGGUACUAGUGCUGAGCGCUCCUCUGCCAUGACCGAAUUUUAUAAGCGUGGUCAAUACAUUCCUGGUCUUCGUGUCAACGGAAUGGAUGCUUUGGCUGUUAAGCAAGCUUGUAAGUUCGCCAAGGACUACACCGUUAAGAACAGCCAACCUUUGUUGAUGGAAUUCGUCACUUACCGUUAUGGUGGUCACUCCAUGUCUGACCCUGGUACUACUUACCGUAGCCGUGACGAAGUCCAACAAAUGCGUGCCGCUAAGGAUCCUAUUGAGGGUCUUAAGCGUCAACUUAUGGAAUGGGGUGUCGCCAAUGCCAAUGAAUUGAAGAAUUUGGAGAAGAGGGUUCGUUCUUUCAUUGACGCUGAGGUUAAAAUCGCUGAGGAAAGUCCCUUCCCUGAAGCUAACUAUGAAACUUUGUUUUCUGAUAUUUAUGUUAAGGGAACUGAGCCUAAGAAUGCGCGUGGCCGAAGCACUUUGGAGUGGAAUAACUACUAAACCCGAAUGCUUAUGAUAACUUUGCAAAAGCAAUUUUAAUCUUCGUGAAAUAACUAAAUGAAAACCUCUUGAACUUAUAUGUAUCAAUAGUCGUACAGUAUCUGGCUUAACUGGCUUAAUAUCUUUUAUUUAAUAUUUGCAAAAAUAAAAGAUGGCCUAUAACAAAUAGUACACUAAGUGGUUAUGGAUAGUUUGGCAGAAUUGACAUAGGUUUACUGUUCAAAUGGAUAGCUUCGUUCUUGUUAUAUGAAAAAAAGGUAGAAUUUUUAGGGUUAGUACGAUGGUUUUCACUUUUAUGAUAUUGAUUCAUAGAGUAAUUGAACUAAAAUAGGAAACAAAUUGCUUUCAUCAUCGUAUCAUUCAUAGCAAAUUCACAUGAUUAUAGUGG